AUGGGCGGGCCCCGGGCCCUGCUGGCCACGCUCUGGGCGCUGGGAGCCGCCGGGGCCUCGGCGCUGCGCAUCGGAGCUUUCAACAUCCAGAGCUUUGGCGACAGUAAAGUGUCAGACCCCGCUUGCGGCAGCGUCAUCGCAAAGAUCCUGGCUGGCUAUGACAUCGCGCUGGUGCAGGAGGUCCGGGACCCGGACCUGAGCGCUGUGUCCGCGCUCAUGCAGCAGAUCAACAGCGUGUCCAAGCACAAGUAUGGCUUCGUGAGCAGCGAGCCCCUGGGGCGGGACCAGUACAAGGAAAUGUACCUGUUCGUGUACAGGAAGGACGCGGUGGCGGUCAUGGACACCUACCACUACUCGGACCCGGAGGACGUCUUCAGCCGUGAGCCUUUCGUGGUGAAAUUCUGGGCGCCCCGCUCUGCUGCCGGGGAGCUGGUGCUGGUCCCGCUGCACGCGGCGCCGCACGACGCUGUGGCGGAGGUGGACGCGCUGUACGACGUGUACCUGGACGUGAUCGACAAGUGGGCCACUGACGACAUCCUGUUCUUGGGCGACUUCAACGCGGACUGCAGCUACGUGCGGCCGCAGGACUGGGCCUCCAUCCGCCUGCGCAGCAGCGAGGUCUUCCGGUGGCUUAUCCCGGACAGCGCGGACACCACGGUGGGCAACUCGGACUGCGCCUACGACCGCAUCGUGGCCUGCGGCGCGCGCCUGCGCCGGAGCCUGAAGCCGCACUCGGCCGCGGUGCACGACUUCCGGGAGGAGUUCGGCCUGGACCAGGCUCAGGCUCUUGUCAUCAGUGACCACUUCCCUGUGGAGGUGACCCUCAAGUCCACCUGA